UUUUUUGCGCCUUAGACUCGUGACCUUGUUCGAUUGGAGAAGUGGGUUGUUCAUAGAUGUCGAAAAGGGGUGCAGAGGAGAUGAGAAAUGAAAUGGUGGCAGCUGAAGGAGAGAUAAAAAUGGAGAAUUUUGAAAAGGGUGUUGUUGAAUCUCAUCCUUAUGCAUUUCAUGUUUCUGGACCAAGAAAUGUUGCUUCUCCAAAUUGGAGAGAUCUUAUUAAUUCAAGUUGGAAGGAUGCUAACUACAAAAGAACAGUAAUGGCCUGCUUUGUUCAAGCAGUUUACCUUCUCGAGAUCGACAGACAAGAAAACAGGACAGAAGAAAAUACACUAGCUCCAAAAUGGUUGAUACCUUUCAAGUACAAGUUAGUCAAGACCUUAAAUGACGAAAGAGAUGGAUCCAUUUUCGGUGCAAUCUUAGAAUGGGAUAGAUCUGCAGCAUUGUCCGAUUUCGUGCUCAUCAGACCGAGUGGUGCACCAAGAGCUGUCGUGGCCUUAAGAGGAACGCUUCUCAAAAGCCAAACAAUGAGAAGGGAUAUCGAAGAUGAUCUCCGUUUCUUAGCUUGGGAAAGUCUGAAAGGUUCUGUUAGAUUCAAUGCAGCCCUCAAUGCUCUAAAAUCAAUUGCCACCAAAUAUGGCAGCAACAAUGUGUGUAUCGUAGGCCAUUCACUCGGAGCUGGAUUUGCUCUCCAAGUAGGAAAAGUGUUAGCGAAAGAAGGCAUACAUGUAGAAGCACAUUUGUUCAAUCCACCCUCAGUUUCACUUGCUAUGAGCUUAAGAAACAUAGGCGAAAAAGCUGGAGUCGCAUGGAAAAGGCUAAAAUCAAUGCUCCCUUUGAAUCCUGACACUCAAACGAGCUAUGAGGGAAAUGAUACUCAAUCUUUUCAGAUAGGCCUAAAGCCAUGGGUGCCACAUUUGUACAUUAACAAUAGUGAUUACAUAUGUUGUUCUUAUACUGAUCAAGAAAAUAAUGGAUUACAAGACAAGCAUGAUGAGGGUGAUAAAGAGAAUGCAAAACCAAGAAAUGGACAACAAGUUGUUGCUGCUGCAAAGCUUUUUUUGUCAUCUAACAAAGGGAAACAAAAGUUUCUUGAGGCACAUGGAUUGGAGCAAUGGUGGUCUGAUAAUUUGGAACUACAAAUGGCUAUUAGUAACAGCAAGCUUAUUAGUCAGCAAUUGAAAUCUUUGUACACUCUUCCUGCUUCUCAACUAACACAACCAAAGCGCGGCCAAUGAACG